AUGGAGCAGGCAGAGUGCAGCAGGAUGAGGCCCAAGGAACUGGGAAUGGGCCAAUUGGGUCUCCCGGUGUCCCUGCCCGCUGCCAGGGUGCUUGGGACGUGCAGUGCCCACAACCAGGGGCAAAGAACCAGCCUGGUGCGCUCAGCACAAGCAUGCCAAGCCCCUCCGGGCUGGCUGCCAGCCGGCACCCAGCAUGCCAUGUACCCCUCUCCCCAUGGACCCGCAGAGAAGGGCCCUGGCUCCCUGGCCCCAGCUCUUUGUCCGGCAGCAGCAGUGGAGAGCCUCAUGCUGUGUGUCUCUGUGCCAUCCCAGCAUCAGUUCCUGUGGGUGGUGGCACUGCAGGACAUGCAGCAUAACCUCCCGGCCUUCGGCUCCAUCCUGAACAAGUGCUGGAUCCUCAGCUCUGCAUCCAGCCUGCAUCCAGCCUGCAAAGCAGGUCUGUGCCCUGUGUCGCCCUGGGGUGAUGCUGGCAACUCCGUCACAUGCCAGAUUAGUGGAACUGAGAAGUGGGUCCUGAAAGGCAUUCUCAGUGAGGGCGGCAUGAGAUGCUAUGGACCGUUCCUCUACACCUCAGUGUCCUACUACAGCAACUGGAUCUCAUCCACCACUGAGAGGACAGGACCUACCCACACUAGUCAGGGCGCAAGCUGA